AUGUCUAACGUUGAUAAUCCCACCUCUACGCCCCGCAAAAUCGUGAAUAAGAGUCCCGAUCUAUGGUUAGAUGACCGCGACGUCAUCCUGUUCACCGUACACGAGACCAAGUCAGACUCGGGAGUCGUCGAGCGAGUCCACACCCUGUACGGCGUGCGGAAAAGCACGCUUGGCCUCGGGUCUGAGAUGUUCGAGAGCACCUUCCGAGGCCCGCAGGACGCGUUCCUGGUUGCGUCCGAGACGUAUGAGGGACUCCCGAUGAUGCGCAUGUUCGACGAUCAUGAAGACGUCGAUGCGUUCUUCCAUGCCAUAUACAUCCCUGGAUACCAGCGCGCGCGGUACGAAGAGCACAAAGACCGCGAGAUCGGCCUGGUGCGCGUUCCGCCAAGCUACCCAGGCAUACUCCGCCUCGCGCGGAAGUUCAUCGCGCCGCCCGGCGUCGCGGAGGCCGUCACGAGCGCGUUCGAUGAGGUGUGGCCGUCGGACAUGCACAAGUUCAUGCGCCGAGAGAGCGUGUUGGCGAGGCGGGCGCAAGACACCCUCCGAUCGGUGGAGAAUGAGGACGAAGAGCUCGCGGCUGGGGAAGAGGUCUUGGACGAGAAUGGGGAGAAUCCGUGGGACGUCACUCGGUUCUUCUCCGACCCUGUGAGCGCCUACUCCGAAGCCGAAGGUCUUCCACCCCUGCUCAACGCGCUCCCCACCAUCGCCUACGACAUCGCGCACGCCAAAUGGGCAGAAGACGACAUCCCUCCCCCAGGCAUCCCCUUCCGCCGCAUCCACCUCUUCCGCACCAAACUCCCGCCCCAAACCAUUCAAUCCCUUAACUCCGGCAUCGCAGCGUACCGCGCCGACUGCGUCGACAAGUUCAGCUUCGAGAGCUUUGUGCUAUACGGGUGGCCCGUGAGGAGGUGUGAGCGCACGCCGCACGGCGGCGCGACGUCCCCGGCCGAGCUCGCGUGUUUCGCGCCGUUGCAGGCGUUCUGGGAGAGGAGAGUGCGGUCGACGUUGGACGACAGUGCGCCUAUUGAUCUGGGAAAUUUUCCCGUGAGAUGCCAUGAGCGGGAGGUAUGCGCGUCGUGCGCGGAGGCGUUCGUGAGGCAUAUGCAGAAUGCGCGGUACGCGGUGUGGCUCAAGCUUCCGGCGUACUUUGACUUGACGGCGUAUGUCAAUCCGUGGUGGGGAAUGGGACCUGGCGACGCCAAUAAUGGCUGGGCGAGACUUCCGAAGCCGUGGAAAGCUGAGAUCACGUCGAUAUGGGAUCCGAAGCGCGGGGAGGAGAUGUGGGCGGAGUUGGAGCGUGCGAAGGACGAUAAGAUGGCAUAG